AUGCCAAAACCUAGAAGCUUCUUUUUCUUCAAACCAUCACCUCCCAAAUCACCACCACAAUUGCCACCUUCUUCACCUCACAACAAAACCUUCUCCGAUGCAAUAGUUGAUGAAAAUAUUGAAACCGCUCACUCUCUCAUAACGAAAUGGAACUCUAUUUCCCCAUCUUCUAACUAUUCACUUUUCACAAACUCUCCUCAAGAAGCCAAACAGUAUCUUAACGCUGUUACGAGGUUACAAUACGCUAUGAUGUACCUCAUCGCACGUGAUUCCACCUCUCAGAAACUCAUCAAAGCACAGUCGUUAAUGAAACUCGCCAUGAAGAAACUUGAAACAGAAUUUUACCGAAUAUUAGCACAAAACAGAAACCGUUACGGCUCGAAAUCACUCUCAGUUGAAUCCACGGUCGAUGGCCGGAGAAGUUUCUCCGAAAUCGACGAUGAAGUCUCUGACGAAGAGUCAUCCCUAACUGUCAAAUCGGAUUUGAAAGCUAUUGCAGAAUGUAUGAUCUUCACCGGUUACAGUAAAGAGUGUGCAAAUGUUUACGUAAUUGUGAGAAAAUCGAUAAUGGAUGAAGCUUUAUACAAUCUUGGAGUUGAGAAGCUAAGUUUCUCUCAGGUUCAGAAAAUGGAUUGGGAAUUGCUGGAAUGGAAGAUCAAGUGUUGGUUGAACGCAAUUAAAGUUGCCGUUAAUACUCUUUUUCCCGGCGAGAGAAUACUCUGCAAUUACAUAUUUGAUAUGCCGGAGAGGAAUAUUGCAUAUUCGUGUUUCACUGAGAUUUGUAAAGAAGGCGCUAUGAUGUUGUUUGGAUUCCCGGAAAACGUUGCGAAGUGUAAGAACACACCGGAGAAAAUGUUCAGAAUACUGGAUUUGUAUGAAGCAAUCUCCGAUAACAGGCAACAAAUUGAAUCACUAUUUACAUCGGAGGCAUCUUCGCCAAUUUGGGCUCAGGUGAUCGCUUCAGAGUUGAGACUCGGUGAAUCCGUUAGAACAAUGCUAUCGGAUUUUGAAUCGGCGAUUCAGAAGGAAACUUCAAAGAUUCCGGUUCCAGGCGGAGGGAUUCAUCCUCUCACGCGCUAUGCCAUGAACUACAUUUCGCUUCUCAACGAUUACAGCGACGCGCUCUCUGAUAUAUUCUCCGAUUGGCCACAAACACCGUUACCGGAAUCUUACUACAAAAGUCCAUCUCACGACGAGGAUAAUCCGCCGUCGGAGAUAUCAAAACGUCUCUCAUGGUUGAUUCUCUCGGUUCUCUGCAAACUCGACGGAAAAUCGGAACUAUACAAAGACAUUGCACUUUCUUACCUUUUUCUUGCGAAUAACAUGCAAUACGUCGUCGUUAAAGUGCGUAACUCAAAUCUAGGGUUUAUUCUCGGCGAGGAUUGGUUAAUCAAGCAUGAGUUGAAGGUGAAGGAGUAUGUUUCGAAAUACGAGCGCAUGGCGUGGAGCAAAGUCCUAUCGUCGAUUCCGGAAAAUCCAAUGGCGGAGAAUGCGAGUGUUAUUUUCCAGAAUUUCAACGCCGCAUUCAAAGAAGCGUGCAGAACACAGUGUUUGUGGGUCGUACCCGACCCGACAUUGCGAGACGAAUUAAAAGCGUCAGUAGAGUUGAAUGUUGUUUAUAAGUAUAGGGAAUUUUACAUGAAAUAUCGGGUCGGGUUGGAUUCGGUGAUUAGAUAUUCGCCCGAAGAUUUGAGGGACUAUCUUUCGGAAAUUUUGUGUGGUAGCGUUUUGUCGCAUUCUGCUGACCACUUCAAAGUUUGGUGA